AUGCAUUUUUCAUUACAGGGAGCAUCAGCCAUGCGGGACUUCAGAUUCACAGUAGAGCAAAUCUGGCUUCUCCAGCGAUUGCGCGGCAGUGGCCUCAAUCGCGAGCAAAUCGUCGCCGGCUUGGAAGAUCUUGACCGACUUGACGUAACUGGCCGUCCGCACUCCGCAAACUCCGAUAUUGUCAAAUCCAAUGGCGACAAUUCCGACUCGGAAAAAACUCCAAAUUCGAACCCGAGUCAAAACCAAAUUGGCGCUGUACCAAAUUUCAAUGCGAGCCAAUCAGUUCUCCAGAAGAAUCUCAGUCAAGCUGCAGCUGCAAUUUUGAGCACACAAUCAAAGCUACCAGUGCAAAGCCCUUUCCCGAAUCUUUGGUCAGGACAGCGGCCAAAUCAUUUGAAUCCAUAUGCUGCUCUUGGUAACACCUUUUCCAGCGGAAUUUCAAACGGGGAGGAUCAAAAACCGGUAGAAAACGGCUUUUCCCGGAAAAACGAGGAGCAUGACGACCUUGCCGAUGAGCUUGACCAAAUCCAACGAGCAGUCGAGUUCUGCGAGCGCCGAAACCAGCACGAGGUGAAAGAGGAAAUCCGCAUCUUUACCCAGCGUCAUCACAUUUCACAAACGGCGAUUUCCAAGGCCACCCACCAGGCAAUCUCGCAGUCUUACAUUUCCCAAUGGUUGACAAGCAACAUCACCAUGGGCGAUGCAAAACGACGCAUCAUUUACGAAUGGUUUGUUAGGCAAAAACGACGAUUAGAGGGCGCCUACCCUUCCGCCACGACAAUGCCACCAAAGACAUCAACAACAAGCAGUCUCCUCUCCCUCCCCGCAUCGCUCCAAUCUCGUCUCAUCAACCACCUCCCAUCCUCAAACGGCGUCGGCGCUCCUGCCCUCCCAGCUGCAGCUAGCAGCCUAGAUCGAAGCUCUCCCACAACCUCGCUUGCAAACAGAAAACCAAGACAAAGAAUCAUGUGGCCAAUGCGAUGCUUGCAAUAUUUGGACAAUGUUUACACUAGAAAUCCGUACCCAGGCUCUCUUGAGCGAUCGAAGAUCGUCGAAGACUGCAACUCGAUUCUCGGAGAUGAUCGAACAGUAGAAAUCAGCGAAGCUCACGUCGCAAACUGGUUCAGAAAUCGAAGAAAGAUGAAGAAGAACAUCGACUCUUGCACCGACAAAAACGGAGUUGAGACGUACGAGCACCUGGUGGAAAUGUCCAUGGACGGCAGCGAAAACGGCGCGGAAAACGACGUCGAAAUCUCCGUCGAAGAAAUCGCCUCAAACGGCGCUUCCCUUGAGCAGAAAAUCAAGAUCGAGCAAAGUCCCGGAUCAAGCCCGGCCCGAGAGGGCAUUUCAACUCCCGAUCACCAGGCUCAGGCGCCAGUGAAUAUUUCCCAGUUCAGUGCGAAUCAGAUGACUGCGCAGGAGCAACCCCAUUCUACGCUGCCGCAACUCAAUGGUCCCCAUUACUCUGCGCCCUCGUCCAUUGCUGCUGAGCGAAACUCGAUAAUCCAGCGACUCAUGUAUCAAAAUCAUCAACCGCCAACACUGACCAGCGCAGCUCAAAUGAGCCAGCCGACGCUCUCGGGUUAA